GGAGAGAGCAGAGCCGGGGCUGAGGGCGCCAUGGGAGCAAACACCUCCAGCAAGUCACCGCGCUGCAAUGGCAGUGAAGAGGUCACCUUUGAUAAUUUUGAAAUUCUACGAGCUAUUGGAAAGGGCAGCUUUGGAAAAGUCUGUGUUGUGCAAAAGAACGACACCAAGAAGAUGUAUGCCAUGAAAUACAUGAAUAAACAGAAGUGUGUGGAGCGUAAUGAAGUGAGAAAUGUUUUCAAGGAGCUGCAGAUCAUGCAGGGUCUGGAACACCCUUUCCUAGUCAAUUUAUGGUACUCAUUCCAGGAUGAAGAAGAUAUGUUUAUGGUUGUAGACCUGCUGCUUGGGGGGGACCUGCGUUACCACCUCCGGCAAAACGUGCGGUUCCAAGAAGGCACCGUGAAACUCUUCAUCUGUGAGCUGGUGCUGGCCCUCGACUACCUCCAGAGCAGGCACAUCAUCCACAGAGACAUCAAGCCUGACAACAUUCUACUGGAUGAACAUGGACACGUGCACAUCACUGAUUUCAACAUUGCCACGAUGCUGACCAAGGAAGCACAAGUCACCACGAUCGCUGGCACGAAGCCGUACAUGGCACCUGAAAUGUUUAACCCCACCAAACCCCCCGGCUAUUCCUUCGCUGUGGACUGGUGGUCGCUGGGAAUCACUGCCUACGAGCUGCUCCGCACCCGGAGGCCGUACCACAUUCGUUCCAACACCUCCCCAGCCGACAUCGCCCACAUCUUCAAGACAGCCACUGUGAUGUACCCGGCGGCCUGGUCCUCGGAGAUGGUCUCGCUGAUCAAAAAGUUGCUUGAGCCAAACCCCGAGCAGCGUUUUUCUCAGCUGAAAGAUAUCCAGGACUUCCCAUACCUGUCAGAUGUGAACUGGGAUGCUAUUCUCCAGAAGAAGAUAGUGCCAGAAUUCAUUCCCACGAAAGGCAGACUGAACUGUGACCCAACCUUUGAACUGGAAGAAAUGAUCCUGGAAUCCAAACCUCUUCACAAGAAAAAAAAGCGCCUGGCUAAGAAGGAUAAAGACACCAGCAAAAGCAAUUCCUCCCAGGCCUGCCAUCUUCAAAAGCACCUGGAGAUGCUCCAGAGGGACUUCAUUGUUUUCAACAGAGAAAAGUAA